UCCAUGGUGUGGUAACAGUCUGUGGUAGUACACUAUAGUACGACGGUGUGCGCUUAAUGCUUAUCACAAGAGCAACGUAAUGAUAAGGAUUUUUUUACGUCGUUCCCUCCAGCUUGUUAUUUUUUUUUCCUAGUCAAAACUUACGACCGCGACAACAACAACAGUAAAAUACAACAACAACUGCAAUAAUUACAUUAUAAUAUCGCCGCCAUACUCAACGAACGAAUGUCUGGACAUAUUUUUCUUUUCGCUCAUAAAUGUCGGUUUAUUCCGUCGUCGUUUCAGCACCGAUUGAAUUGAUUGCGAUGUGCAUUUGGUCGUCUACCAUAGUACGAUCGCCGCCGCCGCCACUGCCGCUGCUGUCGUCGUCGCUGCUGCCGCCGCCGCCGCAGCCGCUGUCGUCGUCGUCACAACAAUAAUACGCCGCAUCAAAAACACUACGACCCGUUCCCGUGUCCGUUGUUGAACGCGGGACAUGGACACCUGACGACCGUCCCUGGGCUUCCGAUCGACAACACCGGGGUGUUGUUAGUGCGGCAUUCCGCCUGUUAAUAUUCGAAUGGUGGACGCGUAGACAAUCCGACAAACUGGACAAGUUACCUGAGUAUCUCCGCGACACCGUGGACUGGUUUAUGGGGAAAGGUCGAAAGGCCAAAGACAAGGAAUCAUUAUGUAAUGAUGAUAACAAAUUGUACUUGGAAGAAGCCGUAUUAGAAAAAAAGUUACCUGACAUUGAUCUUAGGAUAUUAGUUGAAAUGCCAAAUGGAAUAGAUUUUAAUGAGUGGCUUGCUUCUCAUACAAUUUCAAUUUUUGACAACACCAACUUGAUUUAUGGAACUGUGUCAGAAUUCUGUACAAUUUCGGGAUGUCCUGAUAUGGUUGGGCCAAGUUAUAGAACCUAUUUGUGGUUUGACGAAAAAGGAAAAAAAUCUCGAGUUGCUGCUCCAUUAUACAUUGACUAUGUUAUGACGUAUGUUCAAAAAACUAUUAAUGAUGAGACAAUUUUUCCAACUAAAUAUGCUAAUGAAUUUCCAGUUGGCUUAGAGAUUGUAGUAAAAAAAAUUUUAAGAUUGUUGUUUCACGUUAUAGCACAUCUUUACCAUAGUCACUUUCGUGAGUUAGUACUACUAAAUUUGCAUACACAUUUAAACUGUGUGUUUGCUCAUCUAUCAGUAUUUAACCAUCGUUAUCAAUUAAUUGAGCUACGUGAAACUGAAAUCCUACAAGAUCUAGUGGUAGCUCUAAAAAUUUUAGGUGAUGAUGAAGAAACAGCUACCGAAGUCAAUGAAUCUAUUGAUGACUAUAAGGACGUUAUAAACAAAGAACCAACCAUGUCUUUUGCAGAUCAACCUAUUAACAUGUUCCCUAAUCCUUCUCCUAUUAAUACACAGACUUUAACUACUCAAAUUGAUAAUUUCUAGUCUAGUAAAUAAAAUGUUAUAAUGCAUUAAGUAUAUUUAUAUAGGUACUUGUAAUACAUAUUAAAUAUGUAAAAUUAUUCUGUAUAUAGAAUUUCUUGUUAGAUAAUUUAGUAAAUACCAGUUGGCAGACAAUAAACUAACAUCAAAGCUUUUAAAUCAACUUUAUUAUACUAAAAUACCAAUCUAAUUAAAUAUAUUUAUCUUUGAAAUAAAUAAUACAUUUUUAAUCAUUAAAAAUGUUUUUAUAUUCAUUUCUUGCAAUAAUUCAUAAUUUUUUUUGGUUGGAUUUAAAUAAAUUUAAUCACAUUUAAUCCAUCGGUUCUUAUAUUCAAAUAUUAUCUUUCAUAUUUAAAAUAAUUACAAGUUAUAUAAUCUAAGAAUUGUAAUUUAUAGACAUUGUUUGCCACUAUUCCUAAAAUUGUUUUUAAGUGUUUAGAAAAUAUUGUCCAAUUUACUAAUUCACAGGUUUAGAUUGUUAACUAACUAAAAUAUUGGUUGAACAUCUAAAUUAAAGUUAUUUUAAUCCCUUUUUAUUUUGAACUGUAUACAUCAUAAUUCUUGUGCACUGUUAUUUAAAUUUAUAUAACAAUGUUUAAACAACUUCUUUCAGCUCAAAUAUUUAUAUUUUCAGAUCUAUACAAUUUUAAUAUGAUUUUUGAUUAUAUGUUAUACGUAUUAAUAAUAACGUAUAAUAAUUUAUUAUAAUAAUUUUAUUUAUAUAUAGUCCACUCUGGACAAUUUGUGAACAUUUGUAAUUUUUAUCUUGUCUAUUUUUUGUGAUGUAUUUAAAUAUUGUGAUAGCAAAAAAAUGCCCUUUUAAAAACAUUAUUCAUUUUUGGGAAUUUUACUUAUCUGUAAUUAUUGUUUUAAUUGCUUAUUUCAAGCUAUAAAUUAAAAAAUAGUCAAACCACAUGUGUGUAUUAUGACAAUAACACAUGUGAUGGUAAUUAAAUAUUCAAAUUAUAGAAAUAUAAUUAACUUAAUGUUUUUGGUUGCUUUUAGAAAUGAAAAAAUACUAAAUUAUUUAAUAUGCUUGUUCGGAUAGAAAAUUUCCAAAAUGUGUUUAUGAUGGCAAAUUAUACAACCGUCCAAUUUUUUUCCUUUUAGAAUGUUUUUUUUAGUAAACUUUAUGGGGUUCUGUUAUAUUAUUAUUAAUUUUGUUGUUUUUCUUUCUAUUAUAAAACCAUAAAGUAAACUUUGUUAUUGAUGUUUCAUGUUAAAUUUCAUGUUAUACUACCUUUUUAUCACACUGAGAAACUUAAUAUGUUUUCAGGACGUUUUAUUGUAUUUCUAACCAAAAACAAAUAGCACUUUUGUUAAUACAACAUUUGAGUUACCUACCUAAUUUAUUUAAAUGUCAUUAACCUUAUUUCUUAGAAUCCUAAAGAAAAUAGGUAUGUCAAAUGUUAUACUAUGUUAAUAAGACGAUUGUGAGUUUUUUUUUUUUAGAUUACCCUACUAUUUAUUAUUAGUUAUUAUAAUUGUAUUUAAUGAUUUAUUCAAUAUACAAAAAUAAUAUUAUGUGAGUAGUUUAUAUAUGUAUCACUUACUGUUUUGGGUGAAAAGUUUAUGUAUGUGUUAUAAAGAUAAAAUAUAUUUUUGUACAAAAAUAUUUUUAAAAAAAAACAAAAAAAUGUAAAAUAUACAAAUAGGUAUACAUAAAUAUUCAUAUAAUAUAUUAUUUUAAUUAUUAUAAGGCUGAGUGAAUGAAUUAAGGUAUUAAUGAAAUGUUGAUUUAUUUAAAUAUAUUAUGUUUGAGAGCACUGUUAUAUUGUAUGUAAUUUAAUGCUUAAAUGCUUUAUUAGAUUAUCUUAAUAUAUUUGUAUGUCGAUUUACUAUUGGCAUAGACUUUAUACUCAUAGGCCAGCUCUGUGAAUUCAUAUUGGAUCCAUGAUAGAAGGUACUGGUGGUAGUAUAAACUAUAACUAUAUACUAUGGCAAUAUAUUUAUAACCACAGUAUCAACCAUUUAAUGGUGCCAUCGAUCUCGACUCAAGACGCCUAAUUUUAUUAAUGUCGGUAGGGCUGGUUUAUGAGUAUAAAGUUUAUGACAAUUGGAUCCCUUUUUUGUUUUUGCUUUUUUUUAGUAGGACAAAUCUAAAUGAUAAAACAUUUGGUAAAUAACUACCCAUUAGUUACUAAUAAUUUGUUUACCUAAUUAGAAUAUAUUUUACUGGAGGUUUCUAAUAGAUGUAUUAAAGCAAAUUUGAGUUGGUGUAACUAGCGAGUUCCUUUUUUAAGUAUCUGAAUAGAUCUUAUAUAUUAAUGUUCAUGGUGGAAAAAAAAUUAUGUUUUUAUUUUAGAAUUAAGCGAAAUUAAAACAGUGUUGUAAUAUUAAGGAUAGUAAUUUGUUAACUAUGUUAUACUUGUUGUUUAAAUUUAAAAUAUAUAUGUAACAAAUAUGAUUUAAAACUAUCUAAAUUCUCUUGUCGACUGUUCUGUGUAAUAUGAUAAAUGAUUAUUGAAGAAUAUAAUUUUUCUUAUUGUUUCAUUGAAA